AUGUCCUCCGCGUCAGCCCCUCGCUUGGUUCAGUGUGAGGCCUUUGGCCGGAUCGACGUCGUGUACAACAACGCCGGCGCGUGGAUGCGCCCCGAAGUCGAGGGCACCACCGAGUCCGAGGGGCGAAGGGAUUCGAUUAGCUUUGGAAGGCAUUGUCGAUUCUUUGCGGAGAGCUCUACCCUGUAUGGAACAUCAAGACGGCACCGCGAGCUACAGCCCGUCCACCUCGCCUACAGCACCUCUACUAGCACAGCCAAGGCCCUGCGCGAAAUGCGCGACCUGGUUGCGGCCAAUAGCCCUCCGUUGGGCACGCCGCAGAAUGUGGCUCGGAGGAAGGCAGCUCGCGAGAUCUACAGGCUCGUCGAGUUGGUAAACCGUGCCAAAGAGAGCCUGCCAGUGCCACUCAGCAAGGCUCCAGUCAUAUUUUUAUAA